GCCCCAGACAGUGUGGAAGUUUCCAGAGACCUGUUCGGCUGUUGAGAAGUUCGCGUUCAAGACUGAGGACCCAAACCACUUGCCAAAAUGUGUAAGGGACUGGCAGCGCUGCCGCACUCGUGCCUGGAAAGGGCCAAGGAGAUCAAGAUCAAGUUGGGAAUUCUCCUCCAGAAGCCAGACUCUGCUGUUGACCUUGUCAUUCCAUAUAAUGAGAAGCCGGAGAAGCCAGCCAAGACCCACAAGCCCUCGCUGGAUGAGGCCCUGCAGUGGCGCCAUUCCCUGGACAAGCUUCUCCAGAACAACUAUGGACUUGCCAGCUUCAAAGGUUUCCUGAGAUCUGAGUUCAGUGAGGAAAACCUUGAGUUCUGGGUUGCCUGUGAGGAUUACAAGAAGAUAAAAUCCCCAGUCAAAAUGGCGGAGAAGGCAAAGCAAAUUUAUGAGGAAUUCAUCCAGACAGAGGCCCCUAAAGAGGUGAACAUCGAUCAUUUCACUAAAGACAUCACCAUGAAGAACCUGGUGGAACCGUCCCCGAGCAGUUUUGACCUAGCCCAGAAAAGAAUCUACGCCCUGAUGGAGAAGGAUUCGCUGCCCCGUUUUGUGCGCUCCAAGUUUUAUAAGGAGCUAAUCAAGUAGUCAGCUGGUCAAUUGUCAGAUUACCAGGCUUCAAAAAUCACCCUGUGAGUUGACGUCUAUCCUCUGUAGUAACACAGCAUCUCCCAAGCACCUGCACAUUUUCCCAUAGCAGCUUUGCUCCAAGAUACCCAAAAAAAGGCAACCCCUAGACUGUUGCCAAUUCUUUGGCUCAUGUUGGUUCAGAUGUGGAUCUGUGGUCUACUAAAGGCCUUUGCUUCCAUCUCUUCCUUCUGACUGCUUUGUAAUGAAGGUCUGUCCACCAAGUUUCUGUCAGCCCGAGUCACAGAAAAAUAUACUGCUUACCAUAAAGCCGUCUGUGAAAAGAAUAGGUGUUAGAUUGCUCUUUGAACCAGGCUGAAAAGAAAACGGUCCCCUUUCAAGCGCAUUUGACUGGUCUUGUUUAUUGUUUUAAUUCUCAUCCUCUAACGAUUUCUGACUUCAGUCAGUAAAAAGCAGGAAGCUGUUUAAAGGGCAGCCACCAUUCGAUUUUUAAGCAAGUACCUUGUUUCCCACACCGGCCUCUCGUUCCUAGCGUUCCUUUAUACAUUCUAAAGAGGAGCUACGAUGCAUAGAGUAGGCUUUGCAAAGCCAGUCUGAGCCCAAUCCAUUUCAGUUCAGCCCUUACACCUCCAAACCACGAGGAAAAAAGUCAACCUUCGCCUCUCCCAGUUAGAAAUGCUAGUACCCAAGAAUCUGAUUGGACUGUUUGGAAAAAAACUUUUCUGACUUUAAAUAUUUUCUUCAUAUUAAUUGAAAUAGCAAAAUGUCUAAAACUGCCCAAAGAGGUAACUCAGUGUUUCACACUCACCCAGGUGGCUCCUGUUUUGGGGACCUCAACUGACUAUUCUUACAAGCUGUGUGAGUGGCCACGCUUGUCCAAGGAGGAUGAGGUGUGGGAGUGGGGGUGAGACGCCUCAAGGGCGGUGCCUUGGGACUAAGAAAGAAUUCAGGAAGGCAUGCUUCUGCAGCCAACAGCAGCAUCAUAUAUCCAUAUAUCUGCCGUAUCUCUAUAUAAUUUCAAAUUUGAAGCAAUAUAUACACAUGUGUAUCUUCUAACAUCUAAGGCAAUAAAUGGGCGGUAAGUAUUCUGUCUCCAAAGGAGAGGCCAAAUAUAUUAAGAUUGGCCUGGAAACUUUCUGGAGGAGAAAAAAAAAAACCUCUCUGUGUUAAUAGCAGUUUCCAUGGCAAUGAGAAGAAAAUACAUUCUUUUAAAUAUGAGAAAUUAGAAAAAGUAGGAUGACCUCUGGAGGAAAAGAAUGCAUAACACUUAUUUAGCAUCCCCCCGCCUCCUCCCUCCUCCCUGCCUCCCCCUCACCCCAGUUUCCCUUGAGCAAAUUGCCUGAGAAAGUAGGAAACUUAGUGUGUGAGCCCCGGAGUGCUUGUGUCUCAUGCUUCUGAGCACAGCCACAGCCAAAAGUGGGUCUGGGAUGUAGGAAAGUGUCGGGACUAAAUUGUGGUCAGUGCACAGAAGGAUUCGCUUCUCGUUCUUGAAGGAAGCCUACGGUUAGCCUCAGACCUGACCCAUAAUCUGGGCUUCUGUCUGAGCUUGAUAUUGUUCUGGAUUGAGAUUGAUAUUUAAAUCAAAUCGGCAAAAAGAAGCCAUCCUUCCGAGAGUAACUGAGGAGGCUGUGUCUUAUGUUUGUCUGUUAGAACAGGGCUGUUUGUGUAAACAGACUCACAUGUGUACACACACACACACACACACACACACACACUUUCUUCUAUAUAGAUGAUACCUUUUGAAAGGCAGAACCAAAUGUAUGGAAGUAUUUUUCUCUUUUCUCAUACUCCAAGCACCACCACCCUUAACUGUAUAAAUUGAACUUUAAGCAGGUUUUCAUUUCAAAUGCAUUAGGUGAACUUCAUCAAAAAAAAGUUUUUAUUUUAAUUCCAUUUAUGGACUUCACUGGACUGUGUUCUCUGUGUAAAAUCCUUUUCAACAAGAAGAGUUUGACUAUUUCCUGAAGAGCAGUAGAUCUCCCUUAGCAAACCAAUUAAUAAACUAGUAAGCACUCCUUUCUAGGAAUUUGCCAAACGAUGCCAUUAUACAAGUGGUGGUUUAAGAAUUACAUAGGUGGCUAGUUCAUUUGCAAGUGACUUUCACUCCCGAAACUGAGUACCCUACCAGGCAUUUCCUUCACUUCCUGGGAACUUAGCAAAUUUGGAACACAGGGACGCAUGGAGAAGGAGAAUAAAGCAGAAAGAGGGACUAACAAAGAAGUAAGCACCGGUUGGUCCUGUAAAAUCAGCCCACUGGCUGGGAAACACAGAGGGAAACACUGGGAAAGCCCAGUGUGAAAGAUGACCAAAGUGCAUCUCGCUGUCUUCCUGUGGGUUUGCAGAGAGGUUUUUCGGGGCUCACAAUGAGGCAGAACAAGGACGUUCAUCUUAAGAUCCUACAGGAAAUUGAUUAGAGACAAGAACAACUAUGGAGGGUGCAUUCCCAUGGAACUUGUGGGUGCCAGAGAGCAGGGAGUGGAGAGGUCAGUCUGGAGCAUCCAAGCACCCAAGCCUCAGAGCUAGGGAACUCUAGGCAGGUUUGGGAUAUAAAGUCUUGGAGUGUAGGCUCCCAAGCAUUGAGUCUCUCUAUUCUACCCGCAUUCUAGCAUCCAUUUAACGUUCUCUUAGUACAAAGCCCGAUGGUGAACGGUUUAAAAGCUACUUCUCGUGUUAAAGACACUUCUAAGUAAGUCCAGUGGCUAAGGAGAGGAAUUGAUAGCCAAAGAAGAGCUUUUAGUAGCCCCAGAAAACCAUCUUGGAACGGAAAAGGUUGACUUUCCCCACUGAGGAAAUACCCAGGAAACUAAAUGAAAGCUUAUGAGAGUGGGUGAUUAAUACAGCACACAUUCAGAAUCUUUGGAGUUUUAACCUUGUUUAAUUGCUUAAUGAUAACCAUACUCAUCAAGUAGAGAAGCUAUGUAGCCAUCUGACUCAUAUCCAGUUUAACAUGUUUAGUACCUAUUCCCUUGUCUGACAUACAUGCCUUUUCCCUCUUCGCUCACUUCCCCUUCUCCCCUCCCUUUCUGAAAUGCUGUGUCUCACUGUUCUUCUGUAAUAAUAAACAUGUUAAGAGCACUUCAGUUCCUACUUAGGUAGAGGCACAGGUGAAAGCAUAGACAAAAGAAAGGACAGCGCUGAGGAAUACGCCCCAGGAGCAAAGAAUUUGGAUAAUGUAUGGCAAAUUUUCUGUCCUGAAGUUGUCAGAAUAUAAGGAAACUUGGUUUUGUUUUGUUUUUUAAUUCUACAACGUGGGAAGUCUUUUUUUUUUUUUUUUUAGGGUAAAAUGGAACAGAAAUGAGAGGUUUAUCAAGUCCUGUGCCAGCACUUUUCUCAGAAGUUUUAAAUUCUGGACCAAUUACGUUUGUUUUCUGAUUAUUGUAUCCAAUACUUUGAGUAAUAUGUAACUCACUCUUACUGAUAAUAAAAUAAAUAUUAACCUGUAACAGAAAUCACAUAUCAUAUCAAAUAUAUAUCUAUGUAAUGGUCUCACA